AUGGCAAAAGACCUCUUCUUGCGGCCUCACUUGUCUCCAACAACUGAGAAGCUCAAGAGUACUGAGUUCGUCAAGAUUUGGGCCAGCACGUCAUGCUACCUCAGCCAACGGCUGGCUCUCCACCAGGUGGGACUUACCUCCUUCUCCUCCCCUCACAUCCUGACGAAGGUUGAUGAAGUCCUGACAGACCUUUGCCAUGGAGUGCAACUGGUUUGCCCCUCCUUUGAAAGACGGAACAAUGCCCCAGCACGACCCUGCAACGCACAGAUGUGCAACGGACCACCUCCUCUGUCCAUUCGGAUGUACAAUAAGGUCCAGGCCUGGUGUCAUAAAAAGGGUUGGUUUCCAAAGAGCCCACCUUGCUCCUUUGUACCUCAGGCAUGGGCAGGGCACUCAGCGCCGUCACCAUUCUCUGACAAGUCAUCCAUCUGUCCCUCCAAGACUUCUGAUCCACCACCUCCUCUGUUUCAGGCUGUCCGCAUUCCUGGACUUGGGACUUUUGUGGUUGUCAGAGAGCGAGUAGUCAGCAAGGAGAAGGAUCCGGUGGUUGUGGAGAGACCCGUGUUUCAUCUUGCGAACGCUAUCGCGCGGGACCAUGGCCUCCGAUAUGGUUGCAUAGACGUUCCUGGUCAUCAACAUUUUGAGCAACUGCCAUACGCUCAGAUAGCCUCAGACAACGCUGUCUCUGAGGGCACGGUGCAGCUCUGCGUGGAAAGGACCAUGCGUCUUUUCCGUGUCUGCCUCGAGAACAGGGAUAACGUUGCCCUCGUUUGGAGGGACGUGGGCAUGCUGAUCAUCCAGGGAAGAGACGUAAAAAUGAGAUUUUACACAGACUUUCUGAAAAGGCUGAAUGGGACUGACCAGAUGUUGCAAGCUGUUCUCGAGAUGCCAGAGAUGAGGGACUCGGUCAUCUCACGCCAUGACACUGCUGCUUCCCAGACCUCUUCUGGGCGUGUUGUCGUCCUACCGGGGUACAAGCUUGAGACCGUGCCUAAAAUGCCAACAGUGAAAGCAGACCUGACAGGACAUGUGAAGGCCACCCCAGAGAAGGGCUGGGGAAAAGGUGAUGGCAGUGGAAAGAAAGAGGACCUUGCCGAGCAGCGCCUCCUUCGUCGAGCAAGGCUUUCUCCAAAGCGGUUACCUGCAGCGACUGUAAAGUCAGAGCAGGGUCAGAAAGCUGAGGGGAGGGAGCCUCGCGCCAGGCAGCUACCGGCCAUCCAGGGGAGCUCCUUGAAGGAAAAGGAGGAGAAAGAGAAACAGAAACUAAUUCCUCUGGUCGAACCCCGAACAGUAGACUUCAUUGCCAGAGCUAUUGAGAGGAGAGAAAAGAAUAAACACUUGAAGAGGAAGGAGAAGCUUCCAGAACACAUCCAGAAAUACUUGGAUAAAGAGGAAAAGGAGAAAACAGAGCUGGCGGAGGAGGAAAAAAGUAAACUGCAAACCCGGCCAGUGACCAAAAAGAAGGCUAAGAGCGAAAAGGAGACGGUGAAAGCGAAAGCUAAGAGAGAAAAGGAGACACAGAGGAGCCAGGUACUUUGAA